AUGAUGUCUUAUCUUAAGCAACCACCUUAUGCAGUCAAUGGCCUGAGUCUCACAACCUCGGGCAUGGAUUUGUUGCAUCCGUCCGUCGGUUAUCCCGGGCCUCUGGCUCCGUUCGCAGCCACCCCGCGGAAGCAGCGGCGGGAGCGCACGACCUUCACCCGGGCGCAGCUGGAUGUGCUGGAGGCUCUUUUCGCCAAGACCCGCUACCCCGACAUCUUCAUGCGGGAGGAGGUGGCUCUGAAAAUCAACCUGCCCGAGUCCAGAGUGCAGGUGUGGUUUAAAAACCGCCGAGCCAAGUGCCGGCAGCAGCAGCAGCAGCAGCAGAACGGGGGCCAGAACAAGGUACGGCCGGCUAAGAAGAAGAAUUCUCCAGCCCGGGAAGUGAGCUCGGAGAGCGGGACCAGCGGGCAGUUCACUCCCCCCUCCAGCACCUCAGUCCCCACCAUCUCCAGCAGCAGUGCCCCCGUGUCCAUCUGGAGCCCGGCGUCCAUCUCCCCGCUCUCAGACCCCCUGUCCACCUCUUCCUCCUGCAUGCAGAGAUCCUAUCCCAUGACCUACACCCAGGCAUCAGGCUACAGCCAAGGAUACGCUGGAUCGACCUCCUAUUUCGGAGGGAUGGACUGUGGAUCUUACUUGACCCCUAUGCACCACCAGCUGCCCGGGCCGGGGGCCACCCUGAGUCCCAUGGGUGCCAACGCGGUCACCAGCCACCUCAACCAGUCUCCAGCCUCCCUCUCCACCCAGGGCUAUGGAGCCUCCAGUUUGGGCUUUAACUCCACCACCGAUUGCUUGGAUUAUAAAGACCAAACCGCCUCCUGGAAGUUAAACUUCAAUGCUGACUGCUUGGAUUAUAAGGACCAGACGUCGUCAUGGAAGUUCCAGGUUUUGUGAAGAACCUUUGUGGUACCGAGAGAAACCGCGACGAGAACGAACAGGCUGGGCUGAGUGCUCCAGUUUUAGUCAGGUCUUGGUUAAAUUAAAGAGAAAAAUAACUCCAUGGACAAACAAAUGAACAAAAAAACUGACAGCAACAAGAGGGGGACAGUGUUGGUGUGAUCCCGUUCAGACUCAUCUCCUGCUCAGACGCUCUGGAAAAGGAAUAAUAAAGAGGAAAAACGGAGGAGGAAGGCCUUAAACGGACAGAUCAUCUAGUGAGCAGAAACCAGACAGACCCAUCUGUGUUCUUUCUAGUUUUAGCCAAUUGUUGGGUUUCUUUGUUUGGAAGAGGUGGGAGAUCUUCCCACCUGCGGGCCAGUUUUAAAAAAAGAAAAAAAAAAAAAAGAGUCUAGGUUUUUAUUUCUUUUUUUGUGUGUGCGUGGAAAGAUGAUCCUUCACCCAGAGGUUUCCAAUGUGUUAGCCAACCCUCGGUUAAAAUAUUCAGAAUGGACAACAUCGCUCUUUUUCUCCCUCUUUUUGUCCCUCCCUCUUUCUUUCUCUCUCGAGCUCACCCAACUGUUUCAUGCCCAACUUGCUGAAGUUGGCACCCGGAGAACUUGGUUCAGGGCUGUGUGGGUUGUGUGACUGAUUGUCCUAGCUGCACUACUUUAUUUAAAGAUUAAGAAAAAAAAAAAGAUAAUGUUCAUAAGGAGUCAAUAUGUAGUUUUUAAGAGACAAUCAGUGUGUGUCUUAUAUAAAUGGUACAUCUGUGGUUUUUAAUCUGUGCU